UGCGAAACAUAAAAUCGCAGAACCUCAAAAUCCUUUGCAAGACUCGAAAUGCAUUUCAGGGUGUGUGAAUUCACCGACAUUACAGCUUUAUCAUUACAAAAAUAAUUAACUUAGACACGAAAGUCAUUCGUAAAAACGUAGGACGUGGCCGGUUUAGAUAUAUAACUGUAUCUAGAGGUGGAAUCAACUGCUUGCUUUGUUACAAAAGGGCUCUGUUUUCUGAUAAUGUGCUUUCUUAUUUAACACUUAGACUUGACCUGUUUAGACGAGAAAUUAAUCGUCUUUUGUUCUCCUAACACACUUUCGACAAUCAUUUUUUGAUUUCCUAACAAAUAAUCAUUUUUAAACAGUUUAACUUUAAAUAAGUACAACGCAACGUGUAAUUAUUAAUUUACCCGAAUUUAUGCUUGUAAAAUUAAUUGAUGUUCUGUGAACCGAUUUUGUCAAAUUUGUUUGAAAUAGCACACCUAGUAUAUUGUUUUUAGUUCUAAAUACACAAUAAAAACCAGUACGUUUAUAGUAACCAAAGAUUACAAAGUAAAUACAAGCAAUACAAGGUUCAUUACAGUUAAAGUAAAAAAAAUUGUGGGUUGUCAUUAAAGCAAAAGAAUUCUUUUUACUCUAAUUUGAAAAAAUGGUUCAUUGAAAAUUGAAAUAUCUGGUCGUUCCGGUACUUAUGGCGCACUCUGUAUAUGAAUAAACAAAGGUUAUGUUUGUAUUUUUUUACUAAAAGACUUAAAAGGGAAGUUUUUAUCACUUUAAGAGAUAGGAAACAGAACAAUUUGAUUUAAGAUGGAGAGUAACGAUGAGAGCAAUUCGCGAGACGAAGAGGUUCAAUCGGACGAAUAUGAAUCCAAUUCGGAGGAAGACACGCAGGACAAAAAACGAAAACAAGACACUACCCAGGAAGGUCAAAGUAAGAAGCUCAAGGUAGAGAAAUUGCCAUCAAAACUGUAUAGGCAACCGACCGCAGAAGAAAUGAGUCGAUUACGAGAAACCGAACAGUUAUUCAACUCGAAUUUGUUCAGGUUACAAAUUGAUCAGUUACUCGAUGAAGUUAAAAUGAAAGAGAAGUAUAAGAGAUUGUUUUGCGAGUGGUUCGGCGGUCUUAAAGAAGUACUAGAAAGUCUGCGUGAGUAUGAAAUAACGACUAGCGAUUUGAACAAUAAGCAGAAAAAAAAAUUCCUCAAUAAUUUAAGAAGUACUCAUAACUGCAGUGCUAAAGCUGAUCAAGAUUUAUUGAUCAAAUUGAAAAAACCACAAUCCUGCUCUGUGUUUGGUCUGCCAAACUUUUGUCCGAUUUCCGGUUCAAAAUUUAAAGUUGACAUCGCAAUCCACAUCCCUGACGCUUGCCUACUUAAAGGGGACUAUUUGAACAACCGUUUCAAGGUGAAGCAAUCUUACUAUGCGACGUACCUGUACUUAAACAUUAAAAAAUCUGAGAUCUCUUCGGAAAUUAAGUGUUCCGAGGCAUUCAUAGAAAUGAUCCCGAAUUUUUCUGAAAAAAUUGUAGUGCACCUGCACGUGCUUCCACCUCGAGACUAUUUUAAGACGACCCGUUUUUUGCCAAACGUAAACAAUAUUAGGCAAAAUCUGUUUGAGACUCCAUAUCAGUUUGAUGCAGCCGCUUUGAAGGAUUCGACAACAGCAUUUUAUAACGCGCGCUUGCUGCACGACCUAACUCUCUGGGAAAAUAAUGAGUUACUCGCACGUACUUUGGACAGUUUCAACAACGUACAAGAUGCUAUAAAACUGUUGGCGAUUUGGCUUCAACAGCGAAACCUGUACGACAACACAUUUGGUUUUUCUCACACUUUGCUCACGCAAACCAUCCUGUAUUUAACGUUGCAGCGCAAACUGAAUAAGCACAUGAGUUCGUAUCAGGUUGUGAGAAUCUUCUGGGUGUUUCUCAGCACGACUAAUUGGCACGAGAACCCGAUUAGUAUGUGUGAGAAUGUGCAGUUCGAGGACUUUCGGGCGGAGUAUGAUGUGGUGUUCGUAGACAGUAGUGGAAAUUAUAAUUUGGCCGCAUUUCUACAUUAUGAUGUUUAUAUGAAAAUUAGAAGCGAAGCUCAGUUGGCUGUUUCGUUUCUUGAUAACAUCACGUUCGACUCAUUUGGCGAUUUAUUUAUGAACAAAAUGAGCCCGGAGCUGCAAUAUGAUGCUCUACUGAUCUUGCAAGACAGCGAGUAUUUUAAGAACGUCUACGAUCUGGCGAGUAUCGGUGAACAGUCGCGCUGCGUUGGAUUUUCAUCAUAUAUUAUAGUUAAAACACUUCUAAAACUCCUACAUAAAGGGUUAAACAAGCGGGUCUUGCACAUUGUACCACUUUCCUGCAAAGAAACCGACCGAGGAGGCCUGACAGAAAUCACAUUCGGCAUCACGUUGGAUUCCACCCAUGCCUUUUCGCUGAUUGAAAAGGGUCCCGAGGCGAAUACGCCCGAAGCUCACGAGUUCAAAACGUUCUGGGGGAAAUUGGCGGAGAUCAGGAGAUUCGUAGAUGGCGCCAUUUGCGAGGCGGUGUACUUUCCCGCCGAUAACGUGCAGGAGAAACGGCGCAUAUUUCAAAAUAUUUUAAAUUUCGUCGUGACGCAAGAGCUAAAAGUGGAAAAACAUUACAUUGUCGCGAAUCAAUUUGAGGAUAUGAUAUCGAUCAGAGACGUCAAUUCGUUAACGUUGGGAUCGUGCGAAGAAAAAAGCUUGGAUGUAAUACGGGUGUUCGACGAAAUAUCUAAGGAAUUGCGUGAUGCGAAGUUACCCCUGGUUGUUACUAAUGUGAAAGGCAUAUCACAGACUUUUUGUUACACCUCACUAUAUCCUCCCACUCCAUGCCUUGACAAUUUGAAGAAGGGCAUUACAAUACAUAAAAACAACAACACAGUGUUCAAAGACUCUUCAAAAUAUGAUGCUGUGCCUAGAUACGUUGAAGCUGUAGAAUGCGUAAUUCAACUAGGAAUGAAUUCCAAAUGGCCCCAGAACCUACAAGCAUUACGAUACAUACAGUUAGGUUUCUACAUCGAGUUGUCUAAGUACUUGGAGUCGAAAAAAAUUGUGUCGAGCGUACAUCGAGAUUGUCUAGAUGUCUUAUACAAAGGGUUUGUGUUUCGAUUGUAUAUACACAAUCCUAGAGAGAUUACGGAACUAAGAAAGUAUACCCAAGAAGAUGGAACCGUUGCUUUUAAAGAUACAUCGGAAAGUGUAGCUUUGGAAUAUAAGCUACAUAUUAUUCCCCAAAUUGUGGGGGCGUUGCACGGAGUUCACUCCCAAUACCCAUGUUUUGGUCCGACCUCGUGCUUGAUUAAGCAAUGGGUGCGUGCGCAAAUGAUCGACGAAGAUCACAUACCGGACAUCGUAAUCGACUUGCUUAAUGCCUAUCUAUUUAUCAACAGUGCUCCGUACAAUAACGCCAGUUUACCUCAGGUCGGCUUUCUACGAUUUUUAAAGUUCGUAGCCCAUUGCAAUUGGCAGCUGCAAUUAAUAAUUGUCAAUUUCAAUGGCGAAUUAACAAAAGAGAGUGUCGAUGAACACCAGUCUAAAUUUCAACAGGAACGUGACAAAUUCCCCCCCUUAGCCAUACUAACAUCUUAUGACUACGAUAAGUUCGUGUCUUCGAGAAAUUGCACCGUGGAAAUAUUAAAUCGACUUGCAACCCUAGCUAACUGCACCUGCGCCAUUGUUCAGCGAGGAAUUUCCGAAUCGAAUUUAGUCGUAGACGAACUAUUUGUACCGAAUCUUCAGGGUUACAAUGCCAUAAUCCGUUUACACAAUUUUCUGAAUGCGAAACGUAGUCAAAAUGUAGUGAUCAAGCAAGAUGCGCUGCCCGAAAAAAUUCCCAUUGUAAAUUUUAGUCCCGUCGAAAAUUACUUAAAGGAAUUAAGGCACUACUAUGGCAGUUACGCGUUGUUUUUUCAUAAUUCUUACGGUGGCAACGUGAUUGGGGUAUUAUGGAAACCGCAUAUAUUUGAAAGUAAACCGUUUAAGGUGUCAAACAUAGAGGGAAGAAAGGUACAUAAGAAACAUUUGGUAUUAAACGAAGAAGCGAUAAUCGAAGAUUUUGCAAUUCUAGGAAAUGGUUUAGUACAAUCUGUAAAGAAAGUUAGCUAACGAUGCGAUAAAUAAUAAAAAUCUAAUCAAUUAUAA